AUGUCCAACGCGCCCACGCUGAUCAACCUGCCACCGCCGCCCUCGGAUCCUGUGACGCCGUCGGAAGUGCCAUCUCGCUCCGGCACACCGAACAGCACCACUACCUCCAUGUCCGAGCUCUCCACUGUCGCCAUCAAGGACGGACACCGCGGCCACCUGCCCCACCACUCCUCGCACCACCACCCCGGCUCCUCUCGUGAAUCCUCAGGACUAUCCCACCAACUCGAUGCCGAACGCGCAGAUCGUAUAUCGCGUCUCGCUGGCCUUGAGCGCGUCACUACUGCUCGCAACCCACAGACACCCACAUCGUAUGCUCCAGGCAGCAGCGGCAUCACACCCGGCGCUGCAGCACCACCGCAGCAUCCAGCUGCCACGACAUACUUCGAUGCGACAGGAAACCCCGCCAUGGGUAGAGAACGUAGCACAGUGGGUAGUGCCUCGGCGACAGGCAGUGUAGGCGCACGUACAACUUGGGCCGGCUCUGAGGCCGGCGACCGCGCAGACUACGACAAGAUGUCCGAGUCGCAAGACAUGGAUAUGGAUACCUCUUCGGUUGGUGGUAUGUCCGAGGAAGGCACGGGAAGUUUGGUCGCAUUUGGAGAGGGCGCACGUACUCCGGCGAGGCAGUCUACCAUCAGUAGUCCUGGUGGGAAGGCUGCCACGCCGAGAGACGCGAGGAUGAUUGACGGCAUGACUUACGAUCAGCAUGUCCUUGAUACCACUAGUGGACAAGUCCCCGGCAGAGGACAGGAGGAGGCGGAACGUAUCAUGAGGGAUAACAUGGACACGACUUCGGCGGAUAGGAUGCGUCGUGGACAAGGUCCGAGAGAUCUGGGAUCGUUCGGGUUUGAGAAGUAG